CAUUAUAUAUAUGACUGAAUUGUGCAAUUGAAAUGUUUCCUCUUGGCAUGAAUAUAGCCCCUGCUGCUGACAUGGCAUUAAAUAAUAAAUAAAUAAAUCACAACAUGUUAUAUGUAAGAUAAUAUGUGUAUUAUAAUGAACUUAUAAUCUGCUAUAAUAUGGCGGUCGUUCUGGACCAGGAACACAACUAGCUAUCAUGAAAUGAACACAACAGGAGGGUAAAUGCUACAGGCUACAAUGGCAGUUAGUGUAACGUGUUAUGUAGUGUUUCAGGCAACGACAUGGCUUCAGCUAAGUCUCACAAAGGCAUGAGUAAUGCUGAAUGGCUUGCGCGUCUGGAGAGUUUUGCCCAAACAGGAGUUUGGCCAUCUACACAGGGGAAUAGACCUUCUCCCCGACAAAAAAGAUGGCAUGAGAUGUAUCAGAAGAUAGAAAAGUGCCCUCUGCAAAUGAGGGGACAGACCACUCUUCUGAAGGAAGCUCAGACAUGUAUUUGUGGCUUUCACAAGGUUCAUCCACCAGUCACAGGGGAAGCAUCACAGAGCACCCCGGCCCAAAGCACACCCUCUGUCAGCGAUGUGUCAUGUCCUGCAAAGAGACCUAAACUGACAUUGUCAAUGUUUGAAAAGUCAAGGUUUGGAGGCUCACAUGUGGCAGCAGCAAAACCUAAUUUGAGCACCCAGAGGAAAACCUCUCAGAUGUUAGAGCACUCCAGUUCAGCUACAGUUUCAUGUCCACCCUCUGAUCCUCAUCCUCCUCCAUCCCCCAAACCUCAUCAGCCCGUCAUCCAGUCCUCCUCUUCCUUCUUCCUUCCUCCACCUCAGAGUUCACAACGCAUCAAAAAAACAGCAACGCCAUCAACUGUUUCUGAGAAUACUGUUGUGAGGAGCCCACAGGUCUCAUCUCAGCCAGAAGAUCUCCCCCUUCUGUGGCCACAGACAAUGCCACAGCAAGACCAGAAGUGGGUGUCAGAAGCACUUUUUAGGGUUGGUGCAAAGGGAAAGCUGGAGCUGCGUGAAAACCUACAGUUGUGGUAUCACCCCCCACCACCAGCCCUGUUGUACCACCAAGCUCCAACACCUGAUAGGUUUUUUUCACAGCGUCUCUUGCUCUGGAUGCCAUAUAAGCUGUGGAAGGUGCGGCUCCAGUGUACUAACCCUGCCUGUGCCAGGCAACAGCUGUGUGGUGGUGGACUGCACAGGAGGGUACGACAGGUGUUAGACAUUGACAGAUACUACAACCUGGUGACAGAGACCCUGAUCUGCACCAGGUGUAGAACCAGCUAUCUGUCCUGGAGUCAAGCUGUGCUGCAGCAGUUGGACCUGGCCCAUCGAUCUGAAUUCAGGGUCAUCCUCACACGCAAGUAUGCCUGUGACAUUCGGGUUCUUCGCUUGCUGCGUGAGAGGGGCAUGGGGAAUGGCCCAGUGAGGAUCAUCGGCCAGCUGAGAGAGAACCACAGUGAGGAGUGGUUGAAACGUGCGCUUCGGUACACAUCAGAGUGUGUGGCCUUUUUUGAUAAUCGUGGCCUGCAUCCGCUGCACUUCCAGGAGCCACCACCACUUGCUUCAGUACCCAGCUACAAAUGGCUCCUCACUGUAUAUAGUCAGGACAUUCUCAACAGGCUCGAUCACAUAAAGGCCAGCAUAACAUCCACGUAUGGAUCAAUCUUAAAAAUGGAUUCAACUAAGAAGAUCACCAAGAAGUUGAGUGGGCCUGCGAAAGGCACAGCACAGUGGCUUACCUCAGUGGGCAAUGAGAUAGGUCAGGUGCUGAUGAGUGUCCUGACUGCGAAUGAAGGGGCUGGGUUAGACCUCAUGGCUGCAGGGCUCAUGGAGCGAUACCGGAGUGCUGGUGUUGAUCCUCCCACUAUCAUUUAUGUGGACUGUGAUUGUUGCAAGAAAGUGGGAGAGACUAAAUUGAAGAGGCGGUUCAGCGGCUGGCCAGAUGUCAUCGUCCGCCUAGACAUUUGGCAUUUUAUGCGACGUCUGGCAGUAGGGUGCACCACUGACGCCCACCAGUUGUACCCUACUUUUAUGGCAAGGCUGUCAUCCUGUAUUUUUGAGUGGGAUGCAGGGGAUCUCACUCUGCUGAGACAGGCCAAAAGGGAGCAACUCAUCCAACAGGGCUGGCCUACUCUGUCGGAGGCAGAACUGGACCAUCAUUUAACUAAAGCUGAGCUGCUCCAGCACUGCAGGAGGAGAACACGGGGAGAAGAAACCACUUUCCGCCUCCUUGAUAUGCUCAUCAGAGAGCUCAUGGGUGGCAAGGGGAAUGAUGCUCUUGGUGUUCCUCUACUUGACAGUGUGAGAAUGCAGCACAUCUGGAAUGUCCAGAGGCGGCACAUCACCUGUAUCCAAGACCCUCCAAAUGUGCCGCUCUAUACUGAAACUGGAACUACAAGCAAGGGUGGGGUGGUUCUAAAAACUUAUCGUUGUGCCAGAGGCUCCACAUCCCUGGAAUCAUUUCACUGCCACCUAAACAGAUUUAUUCCAGGGAACAGCGCAAACAGCCUGAACUUCCAGAUUUAUCUCCUGGAAGGUUUAUUACGCUGGAAUCAGGACCGGGCUGAAGCUGCUGUUGCAGAUGGAGGUUCAACUCUGCGCUCUUACACAGGGGAGCUGGUUUACUCUGUCAAUGAGAACUACAAUAAGUUGUAUGGCAGGAAAUUGGUCCCUAGCUUCACUCCACCUGCAGUAUACACAGGGGAGCUCAUUGGAGUACAGUACUUGUUGAGGCAGAAUAGUCAGCCCCUGGAGGACAUGUGCCCUACCUCUGAUAGGACCUCUCAAUUGCUGGAGGAGAUAGAUGUGGAGGAGCAAGUGGAAAAGGAUGAGGGUUUCAUUGAUUUCUUUGGAGAGGAAGCCACAGUGGCAAAUCUUGUGGCAUCAGAUGACUUAGUCCUUUCAGGUCCACCAGUUCUACCAGCUGCACCAGUUCCCAGUGUCCAGGCUCCUACAGCUGCACCACUGCCCAGUGUCAAAAUUCCACCACUGCCCAUUGUCCAGACUCCACCACUGCCCAGUGUCCAGACUCCACCAUUGCCCAGUGUCCAGACUCCACCACUGCCCAGUGUCCAGACUCCACCAUUGCCCAGUGUCCAGACUCCACCAUUGCCCAGUGUCCAAACUCCACCACUGCCCAGUGUCCAGACUCCACCACUGCCCAGUGUCCAGGCUCCACCACUGCUCAGAGUCCGGGCUCCUUCAACUGCACCAGUGCCCAGUGUAGCUGCAUCACUGCUCAGUGUCCAGGCUCCACCAUUGUUCAGAGUCCGGGCUCCUUCAGCUGCACCAGUGCCCAGUGUCCAGGCUCCACCACUGCUCAGAGUCCGGGCUCCUUCAGCUGCACCAGUGCCCAGUGUAGCUGCACCACUGCCCAGUGUCCAGACUCCACCACUGCCCAGUGUCCAGGCUCCACCACUGCUCAGAGUCCGGGCUCCUUCAGCUGCACCAGUGCCCAGUGUAGCUGCACCACUGCCCAGUGUCCAGACUCCACCACUGCCCAGUGUCCAGGCUCCACCACUGCUCAGAGUCCGGGCUCCUUCAGCUGCACCAGUGCCCAGUGUAGCUGCAUCACUGCUCAGUGUCCAGGCUCCACCACUGCUCAGAGUCCGGGCUCCUUCAGCUGCACCAGUACCCAGUGUCCAGGAUCCUUUAGAUACACCAGUGCCCUCAGCAAUGGCUGUUGACGAACACUGCAUUCCUGGAAUGGACCGGGUGGAUGCGUUGGCAGAGUGUCUGGUGGAGCUGCGCACACAGACAAGCCUCACACUUACCAACCAACAAGUUGCGACCAUUGUGGGUCUGUGGCAGAACCUGGACAAAUUUGAUAAAGACAGGGUGGUGUAUGCUGCUCGUCAUCAAGACAGGCUACUUACAGGACGUUUUAGGUCCCCAAAAAAGAAAGCUGUCUUCACUCCUGGUGUCGACAGCACAAAAAGGUGUGUUUUGGGUUCUAGCGGCUCUCCAGCACAGUGGCCUAAUUGCUGUCGCCUUGUUGAAAUGAUUUUCAUAAGGUUAUGUAACAUCCACCGAAGCCCCAAGAAACAGCGGACAGAAUGUCUGUCUAGAUGGGAUCUCAUUCUUCGUGAUUACAGAAAAAUUCGGCAGCUAAUCCUGAGCAAUGGAACGGUGAUGAGUGACACAACCCUUCAGCUAGUUGAGGUAAAUCAGAGGACCCUUACGACAUGGCACAAUAACCGUUUAAAGGGUCAGGAGGUCUCCUUGCUGUUGCAAGGGCUGGACCUUCCAGAGGCACGUCCAGUGGCUUUGGAUGUUUUGCCUCCAGCACGAGUACAGCCUGUUGUGCCUCCACAAUAUAGCCACCAGUUGCAUACCUACCAGAUGCCACCAGACACAGCUGGACAGGCAAAGACAAAGUUUAGAAAGAUUGCGCCCUCAGCUACCUGUACAUCUGCCACAGCAACUUCAAUCUGGCCAUCAGCCGUACACCCUCAGCGUUCAGCCACGUCCAGCCAGCUAAGGACAAUUUGUCCCAGGCCGACAGCACCACACCCAUUGGUUCCUGACACACCCACUGCCCCUGUUGUGUCUCAGAUGUUUCUGGUGCCCUGCCCAGCCCCAUUUUCCACCAUUAACCCUGGAGCAAUUUCCUCUGAGCCACCUGCAAAUGACACAGCCACUCCAACCAAACGAUCGUACAAUCGCACUGUAAAAGCAAAUUCGUGCAGAAAGUGUGGCCAAUUUCGUACUCAAGAAACUGGCCAUAGCCAGUACAAAGGCAAAAUAUAUUGCCCUAAUAAAGAAACAAUUACGAAGGAGCAGUGGUUACAGAUUAUGAGAAGAUAACUCAUUUAUUUAUGUGUGAUACAUUCAUUUUGUUCUCUUGGUUGGAUCUGUUCUGUUUUUUAUCUUCCAGCCAUAUUUAAUGUUAAAGAGUUAUACUGUGCACUUUUUUUUAUCUUGUAUUAUUAUUAUUAUUAUUAUUAUUAUUAUU